CUCUCAGCCUCACUCCAGCCCAGACACCACCAUGACCGGCUCCUGCUGUGGAUCCUUCUCCUCCCAGAGCUGUGGAGGUUGCUGCCAGCCCUGCUGCUGCAGGGACCCCUGCUGCUGCCGCCCAGUGUCCUGCCAGACCACUGUGUGUCGCCCUGUGACCUGUGUGCCCCACUACACUAGGCCCAUCUGUGAGCCCUGCCGCCGCCCCAUCUGCUGUGACCCCUGCAGCCUGCAGCAGGGCUGCUGUCGCCCCAUCACCUGCUGCCCCAGCUCUUGCACAGCUGUGGUCUGCAGACCCUGCUGCUGGGCCUCCACCUGCUGCCAGCCCAUCUCAGUGCAGGCUCCCUGUUGCAGGCCCCCCUGCUGCCAGCCUGCUCCCUGUCGCACCACCUGCAGGACCUCCCCCUGCAACACCUGCUGCUGAGCCCUCUAAUAGGCAACUUUUCCAGGUGAUGGAGCAGAAGAGAGACACCA